AUGAAAAUCGUGUUUGUGGUGCUCCUGAUCACCGUGGCGAGCGCUCUCGAUCAGUAUGACUCCUAUCCGUGGAAACGCAGGGAGGACCUCAAGGUCACAAGCCGGUCAGUUGCACCGAUCAAGGUUAAGGAAGUUCACCCGCAGCAAUUUGGCGCGCAGACAGUUCACAGAUCGAGAUUGUCGAAUUCACUCAAGGAUGACGUUCUCCAAACUUCACCAAGAAGAUUGGCGGUGGCCGAGGACUCGAGCGAGAAUCCUUGGAACACAGGAACUGCUAGGAUAGAACAAGAUCUGAUGCGCGAGAAUCGGGCCAUUGAGAAUACUUUGAAAAACAUGAUUAGCAAGCCAUCGUUGGGCAAGUUCGAGCAAUAUCAAUACUUUUCAAAUUUUCCUCAUAACGGUGACUCCUUGCUGGAGAAUACGGAUUCUCUGAAGAGUGACGAGUUCUCCCAAGGCACUCAGAACCAUUUCUUGGAUCAUAACGUGGAAGGGAUAGACUGGAGCGGACAAAACAUAUUUGAAAAAGGUUUACAAAGCGAGCUAGACGAGGAAAUCAACGUCCAGCAAUUCCUGGACGAAAUUAGGCGGAAGAGAUUGAACGGAGAAUUCGAAGAAUCGAUAGGUGGACAUCGACAGGGUAGAAGGAGGAAGCUCACCAGUCAGCAGCAAGGUGCUUUGCUGGUGGAGACACUGAGGAAGAAGCGAAACUAUACCAGUGACCAUCGAGGACACAGCUCCAACCUACAGAGCAGCCUUAUGGAUAUGUUGGGCAGAAUGAUACCACAAACGUGCAAGUAUAAAGGCGCGAAGUUCGAGUGCGGCCUCAGCAUUAGCUGCGUUUUGGGUGGCGGUCGGCCUGUUGACCUCUGUUCCGGAGGUUUAAUAUGGAGUUGCUGCGUGGACGAUGACGACAUACCUGAAAAAGUACCGAGACCGAACGCGGGUUUGCUGCAAAAUGCGAGUAAGUUUCAUCGAGCUGCGGCCGAGCUGUACACCAGGAGCAAUAGGAUCGUGGGUGGGCACUCGUCCAGUUUCGGCACCCAUCCGUGGCAGGCGGCCAUUAUCAAGUUGGGAUUCCUGUCAACCAAGCUGUCCUGCGGCGGCGCCUUGCUGAACAAUCGAUGGGUGGUCACCGCCGCACACUGCGUCGCAACGACUCCGAAUAGCAAUCUGAAAGUGCGUCUUGGAGAAUGGAACGUUCGAGACUCGAGGCAACCGCUCCGUCAUGAAGAGUUCGACAUCGAGAGAAAAGAGAUACAUCCGCAAUACUCGCCCACUGACUUUCGGAACGACGUGGCUUUGGUGAAGCUGUCUCGGACGGUGGCUUUCAAGCAACACAUCGUUCCGGUUUGCCUGCCGGCGAGGAAUUUGAAGCUCUCCGGCCGAACCGCAACUGUCGCUGGUUGGGGUCGGACCAGGCACGGUCAAACUUCGGCGCCAUCCAUUCUUCAAGAAGUCGACGUUGAGGUAAUACCAAACGAGAAGUGUCAGAAGUGGUUCAGAGCAGCUGGAAGACGAGAAACCAUACACGAUGUAUUCCUGUGCGCAGGUUAUAAAGAAGGUGGACGAGACUCUUGCCAGGGUGAUUCAGGUGGACCGCUCACAAUGUCGGUGGAAGGCAGACACGUUCUGAUCGGUCUGGUCUCCUGGGGCAUCGGCUGCGGCCGUGAGCACUUGCCCGGCGUGUAUACCAAUAUCCAGAAAUUUGUGCCCUGGAUCGAUAAGGUAAUGAGCUGAAGUGGAGAAGAGAAACCUCAGUUCCUUCAAACUCCGGGUUCUCCCAGCUCAAGAAAAACGAGAGAAGAGAAAGAACCCGUGAACGACGCGCAAUUACCAAAGUCUUAACUGAUCUUUUAAGGACUUUUACGAUUGUGCUCGAUUGUUCAUGAAGAGACGGCACUCGCUCAAAAGUGCCAAAAAGCAUGAUUGUUACAGUAUAGCGGCCGUUAAGUUUAUUCGAAAACUGGCAUUGAAAACUUAAUCAGAAAUUACAGUUGAUAUUAUAAUGAUUAAUUAGAGAUGUCCAGUUCUUAGGAUGUUCAUCAGCAAUAAACGAAGAUGCUAAAUAUAAAAGGCAUUUGAGUUUAUAAACUUUUAUUAUUCUUUAUAUUGCAAAUAAUUUAUUAUCAUAUUAAAACCAAACAUUUUUGUUUCUGAAUUUAGCUCUGUUAUCUAAGUAUAAAUCUUUAAAAAACGAGUCAAAUUACUGAACUAAAAUAUUUUCUACAAUAAUUAUAUUGUCUAUUACGCAUAGAAAUUCUUACAAGAAUUCGAAAAAAUCUAUUUUUAAAUAAAAUAUUUCGGAAGAUUAUAUUUUAAUGAAUAUAAUAUAUAACAAUUUAUUAAAUUUGUUUUAAGAUUCUAUCUGUACAAAAAAUUGUACUUUGCCAAUCUUUUAUAUAAAAUAUAUAGAAAAGUUAAAAA